AUGUCCGAUCAAGACACUAAUACAAAUAAAUACAGUGAAUGGCGAAGUAUCUUAAAAUAUCACAUCGACUUAUAUAAUGCAUUGUAUCAGUUAAAAACGGAAAAUGAAGAAGAAUUAAACUCGAUUUACAAAAUGAUCAAAACAGAAUUGAUUGAUUCAAAGAAAUAUCUUCCCCAAAAUAUUGUAAGAGAUAUUUUAGAUAUCAUUCUGUAUAAUAACCGCUAUACAAAAUCAUAUUUGAAACUCGCCAAACAUAUAGUUGAUGAUUAUCAUGUCACAGAUGUUAGAAAUAUUCAACUUACUCCAUAA